UUGAGAUGGAGAUGCCUUGUCAGCAAUGCAUCACGUGUCCACUUUCUGCAUCUCUCCCGCCGGUGUUUGCAAAAGCCUGCCUCUAUGGUGAGCUCUAGUUUCGCCAUCGACUAGUUUACGCUAGCCACAUCCCCACCCUACUCGCACAGCGCUCGUAUUACCAGAAGCGUCUCGACAGAAGCUGCAAAGAAGUCUUAGCUACGGGAAGUAUGCUUAAAAUGAGCGAUAAGUAUUUUUUAAAUCUGGUUCUUCUUGGGUCGUCGUAUAUGUAUAUCACGCUUUUACUUAGGUGAAAUCUAAGAAAGCUCUUCAGGUGUUUUAUUUUCCCAGAUAAUUUUCAUUGGUAAAUAGCGUUUUCAAAGGCGCUGACAUGCCAGUUUUCCUCAGAGAAAUAACAUGAACGGCGCGAUUGUUGUCGUUUAUUUUAAAUGGUCAUGUAAUGCCAGAUAAUGCAAUUGCUGCGCGACGAGGAAGACACAGCACCUGUGCUGUUGAAACAGAGACCGUGAUUUUCUGUUCAGUUGCCUUUGAAUUGGAUUUCGUAGUUUCUUGACGUUUUUUGCGCACACCUUAGUAAAAACAGGCUAGGUAGUUGACUCGUAAACGUGUGCAGACGUGUGCAAAUUUCAGAGAGUGAUACGGUUUGCAAGGCGCGACCAAGUGUGCAAGGUGCUCUCGUUUCUGUGGUAGAUCUUGCUAUGUUUUCUAUUCAGCCAGACUGAGGAGCGCCUCCCUUCGUUUGAGACCCGAUCCUUAAAUGACCUAUUGCUGAAGACAUUGUGAUCUAUUGCCUAGAUCAUGGCAUGUGGCUCAUUUCAGAUUUAUACAAGCGCGGCGUUGAGGAUCACUAGAGAAAAUGGGGAUCAGGUCCAGAAAUGUUGGUAACGGUUCGGAAGAACAGAGAGACAAGAAGGCAGGCUUGCCCGGGGACUUGGACCAAGGGGCUGUGGCAGAUAAAGAUGGAGCCUUUUUGCUCGUGGGACCUGGCAGAGACGAUUUCAAAAGAGGGUCUCAGAGUAUUGGGCUUUUAGCUAAAACUCCCCUGGGGUACACUAGACCUGUAAAGCGGAAUAACAUCAGGAGGCGAAGAAUUCAGAAUCUGAUCUACGACGCGCUUGAAAGACCAAGAGGAUGGGCGCUGCUUUACCACGCAUUUGUAUUUUUGAUCGUGCUGGGGUGUUUGAUCUUGGCCAUAUUAACCACUUUUAAGGAGCAUGAAAAAGUUUCAGCACACUGGCUUGUAAUAUUGGAAACCUUUACGAUAUUCAUCUUCGGUGCGGAGUUUGUGCUGAGAAUAUGGGCUGCUGGGUGCUGCUGUCGGUACAAAGGAUGGAGGGGGCGCCUCAAGUUCGCCCGGAAACCACUUUGCAUUUUAGACAUCUUCGUGCUGAUCGCCUCGGUGCCGGUGGUGGCGGUGCGGAACCAGGGCAACGUGCUGGCCACGUCCCUCAGGAGCCUGCGCUUCCUGCAGAUCCUGCGCAUGCUGCGCAUGGACCGGAGGGGCGGGACCUGGAAGCUCCUGGGAUCCGCCAUUUACGCCCACAGCAAGGAACUCAUCACUGCCUGGUACAUCGGCUUCCUGUCCCUCAUCCUGGCCUCCUUCCUGGUAUACCUUGUGGAGAAGGAUGACAUCACCGCGGAGGUGCCGGGCGGCGAGAACCCCACAGGCCAGCCCACGCCACAGGACUUUGACACAUAUGCCGACGCCCUGUGGUGGGGCCUGAUCACCCUGACUACCAUUGGCUACGGGGAUAAGACACCGAAGACUUGGGCCGGCCGGCUGCUGGCCGGCACCUUCGCUCUCAUAGGCGUGUCUUUCUUCGCUCUGCCUGCAGGAAUUCUGGGCUCAGGGCUGGCUCUGAAAGUACAGGAACAGCACAGGCAGAAGCACUUUGAGAAACGCAGGCAUCCUGCUGCUGGACUUAUCCAGUCGGCAUGGCGAUAUUAUGCCACCAAUCCUAUCAGGGAAGACCUCGUUGCCACCUGGAGAUUCUAUGAGACUGUCAUCUCCCUACCCUGCUUCAGGAAGGAUCAUUUGGAAGGAAUGGCAAGCCAAAAGUUGAGUCUUCUGGAGCGUGUACGCUUGCCCAACCCUCGUGUCCCCACCUCCAUGAAGGGCAAGCUGCUGAUGCCCCUGAACCCGGACUCCAUACAGGAGAGCCCCACCAAGGAGCCCAAGCCAGCAGGCUUCAGCAACCGCGAGAGGUUCCGCACGGCGUUCCGCAUGAAGGCCUACGCUCUCCGACAGAGCUCCGAAGAUGCUGGGGCUCCCCCCGACCCCGUGUGUGAGGAAAGGGGUUUCCCCCCAGAUAUUCUCCUGGAGGAGAUGAUCCCUACGCUGAAGCUGGUCAUCCGGGCUGUCAGGAUAAUGAAAUUCCUCCUGAACAAAAAGAAGUUCAAGGAGACUUUGAGGCCUUAUGACGUCAAGGAUGUGAUCGAGCAGUACUCUGCAGGGCACCUGGACAUGCUCUGCAGAAUCAAAUACCUCCAGACUAGAAUCGACAUGAUCUUGGCUCCCGGACCCCCGUUAACCCCAAAACACAAGAAGACUCAGAAAAUGCCAUUCACCUACCCAUCCCAGCAGUCUCCCAGACAUGAGCCCUACCUAGCCAAAGCAUCCAUGCCAGAGCCUGAAGACCAAAGCAUGAUGGGAAGAUUUGUCAGAGUGGAGAGACAGGUGGAGGACAUGGAGAAGAAGCUGGACUUCCUGGUGGACAUGCACAUGCAGCACAUGGAGCACCUGCAGGUGGAUUCUGGCGGCGCAGCACGGAUGACCAUGGAGCCCUGCGGCCCGGGCGGCGCCGACCUGGAGGAUCGCGGCUUCACCGAGAUCCGCCGCGUCUUCUUCAACUACGCCGAGGCCUGCCCGCACAUGUCCUACCAGGUGCCCGUCAGCAAGGUGGUGCCCUUCUAUAGCUGCCAGCAGGAAAUGGGUGGGGGCGGCCUCCCGGGCGGUGGCGCGGGCGUGGGGGCGGAGGGCAUCGCGGCCCACGCCGUCCCCACCUACAUGGAGCGCCCCACCGUGCUCCCCAUCAGCUCACUCAAUGACACCCAUGGGGGCUCGGGCUCGGAGGCGCACAGCUCCUACCGAGACCCCGGCUCCCAGGAGCAAGGGCGGACCAUGGGGCGGGACACAGACACGCCCCUCUCGCUGCUGUCCGUCACCCACGAGGAGCUGGAGCGCUCGCCCAGCGGGUUCAGCAUCUCGCAGGAGCGGGACGAUUUGACUUUCGGCACGGGGGGCGCCGGGGGCUCCAGCUGGAUGAAGGAGAAGCGCUAUCUGGCGGAGGGCGAGACGGACACAGACACGGACCCCUUCACGCCCAGUGGGCCCCUCCCUCUGUCCUCGACUGGCGAGGGCUUCCCUGACUCGGUGUGGAACACGCCUCCCUAACCCCGAAUGGGCUGGACGUGAAAGAGAGAGAGGAGCUUCCCCACCUGUCAACUGGUGGAUGGAACAAAGUUAAAAAAGAAGCGUGUAAAGUAUACAUAUGUUGUACAGAGCAUUCAUUGCAAAAUUAUACAAAGGAAAAAAAACUCACCCAAAGCUUUAUCGCUGCAAAGCAAAGAGCAAUGCAUGAGAUGCAUGCAAAUUUAGUAGUAGGCACUGCAACGUUCAGGUAAUGGAAAAAAAAUAUAUAAUUUCAACGGAAUACUUUAAAUGCUAUGCCAUUUUUGUAAUACUUAUUUUUUUAAGGGAAACAGAAUUUCAGUUUUUAUGCAUGGUUUGCAUGAAGCUGCACCAUUUCGGAACGGUUGAAUGUUCAACUGUGGUCAACAGCAUUUCUCCCGUUGUCUAGUUUGUGUGGCUUAGUAUGUUUGGGAUGGAAAAAGAAUGCGAAAAAAGUAUUAAUUUUUUAAAUUUUGUUUUUUAGCAUACGUGUUAUGGAUAAUUUGAGAGACUUCCAAACCUUUCUUAUAAGGUUACAUAAAGAUCUGAUAGCAUAUUCUAGAUAUAAUUUAAUUUUAGUUGCAAGAAACAGCACUUUGCAAAAGUCUUAUUGUAAAAUUCAAUAUUUUGGUAUGUCUUUAUUUGAUAAGUUGCCAAUAUACCUAAAUACCACUGUAGUUACUGUGUAACCUCUAUGUAAGUACUCCUUGCUACACAGCUGCUGUGGCAUGUGGAACGCAGGUAAUCUUUUCCCCAACCCAAAAUAAAUCCUAGAUUCGUUCAUAAAAUUAAAGAAGAUUCAACCCAUCACUUUUGGUACAAAAGAAAGAUAUGUAGCAAUGUGUACUUACAGUUACACAGUGUAAUUGUAAAAUUACACUGUAAUUACAUAGGUAUAUUGUCUGCUUUAUGUAAAGUGUGACUGAUUUUCUGGCACAACUGAAUGCAUCCAUAUCAGAAUUUUUUAAUGCCAUCUGCGUUAUCAAAGACAUGUUCACAGUUUGAUACAUAUUGGGUCUGGGGCUGUUCUUACCUGCCUCAGAUUAUUAAUGCUAUUAACAAAUAGGCAACAAAUAAGACAAAAAUGAUAUGAACUGAUUUGGGAUUAUGAGGUGUUUUAAAAGGGAGUACAUGUUACAGAAAAGAGUCCUGUUAUUUUCACAUAGGAAUAGGUAACCCAAACAUAUGGAAUCUACUGCAAAUUUAUUAUACAUAUUCUGUGUACAAAAUAUAUCACACAAAAAAUUUAGCCAUCUUAAUUUAGCUGAUUCAUAUUUUUUCAAUAGUGUCUGGAAACUUACAUGUGGCAUAAAUGGCACAUUUCUUUCAAAAAAUUAGAUGCAUGUUUAGUAUCUUCAACAAUGAAGCACAUACUGUGAUAUGCAGAACAUGAUCCACAUUACUUCAGAAACUCGCACUUCAAUACAACAGUCUUUCAGUACAAUGAAUCCAGAAGUCUUAGCUACCAAAAAUUCACUCGGAUGAUGUUAACAACUCCGUAUUCUUUUUUGUUUUUUUAAUAACAGUUUGAAAAGUACCCACUGAUGUUCCUCUUUUUACAGACAAAAGGCUUUUUAGUUUGAACCCUAACCUAAUCAUACUUUUACAAGAGCCCUAUGUCAUUUUGCAAGCUACAUCUUUACACAGAUAUUAUGGCCAAAUUAUUUCUAGCAGGCACCCAGUGACUUUAGAAUGCAAGAGUACCACCAAGGAAAGCUGUUGGUGAUAUUGCUUGUUAUUGGAGUAGAAAGCAAAGUCCAAUAUGGUGAAGUUAGUUCAUGGUGAACUCUGAAGUGUCAUUCUCUGUGUUUGUGCCUUGGGAGCAUGUGUUCCUCUUGCUUUUCAACCAUCCAAUUGCUUUAGUAUCCUCAAGGAAAGUAUUAAAAUAGUUACUUUAUAAAACUAGCAUUAUUUAUUGUUUUGAAUUGAGCCUGCAAGCUGCCAGUUAAACGUCACUUCCAUAAAUACUAUGCUACCAUGCCGCCCCAAUUUGUGUAAACAUCUAAAUAGGCCGAAAGGAUUUUUGCUUUUGACAUGUUUAAAUGAUUCAUUUGAAUCAUAAUAAUGGUUUUGUAUAAUAAUAAUAAUAAUAAUGAUAGCUUUUGUUUUUAUUUAUUUAUUUAUUUAUUUAUUUAUUAUUAUUGUUAUUAUUAUUAUUAUUAUUAAUAAUAAUAAUAAUAAUAAUAAUAAUAAUCAUCAUCAUCAUCAUAAUAAUCAUAAUAAUCAUAAUAAUAAUGGUAACUAUGAGUAUCAUUGGUCAUACAUUUCAGUGACUUUAUUUAUUUAUUUUUUUACAAAGAAUGAUAUACUGUUAUAUUAAGUUGAGCUAAGUGAAGCUAAGCCCUGGUAAAGAAUACAUUCUACGGAAAAAGGUUGGACAUGCCCAGGUACAUAAAUACUUUCUAUAUACAUUUACAAAAAUGCAUCAGGGUCAUUGUCUUUGGGCAGAGGUUCUUAACCCUGUUCCUGGAGAUCUAUGGUACUAUAGUUUUCACUCCAACUAUGGACCCCCCUUUCACUCCAACCCUUCAACGUUUGUAAACAGUAAUGACGUAACAACGAUGCUUGCACAUUCUGCACAUCAGAUCAAUGUUGGAAAGCUAUCUGAGUGAUUAUGUGUUACAGCUAAAUUCAGGCUAGUUAUCAUAGUAAACUUACCGUAAUAACAAAGUCAUACGUUGCUAAAAUGUGCUCAUGUUUUUGAUCAUGUGAAGGCUUCUAUCACAAAGCACACCUCAUUUAACACCUAGUGAUCUCGGUGACAUGCUAAUUAGUAAAAUAAGGUGUGCCAAAUCAGUGUUGGAAUGAAAAUCAACAGGACAGUUGUCAAAAUGCCUUUUAAAACAAUUUAGAAUGUUUAUUUGUGGGGCAUCUUUACAUCACAUAACAAAAGAUACUGUUUGUGAAUAAUGGGAUGCAUACUCCCCUUGUUUAGUAACUAUCAGUCAGAUUUAAUUUCAUCUAAGGCCCUGGAGAUAAAGAGAUUUUGCAGUGAAAUUGAAAUUCCCUUAUGAUUGAUGUUCUUUAGCUUGUCUGGCGAACAUGGCAUAAUUCACAUUAAGGCAAAUGGAGGAAGAUCAUUCACAGUAAACCAAAUGAUUAGUUGAGACAACAGUAUGAUCACUAUAUACCUGCAUACAAUUUUUCUGGCAGAAUAAUUAUGAAGCUCUGAAUGGCUUCCUGAGGAAAGUUUGCUGCAACAAUUCUAAUGGAAUAUGUGAGACCCAUUCUGUCGAUGGUAAAAUGUCAUUGACAUGACUUGGUGGUCUAUGGGAGGUCAGUUGAGCUCCUACACAGUGCAGUCAGAACACAUGAAUAUUGUGAAAAGUGUUAUGCCCCUAUGUUCAAUUUAUAUGACAUAAGACAAUAUUGCACAACUGGAAUAACACACGGAAGACCAUUUCAGGUAAAUGUUCUUUUUUCAUACCAAGAUACUAUGGUAAAAAUGAAUUAGAAGUUAGAAGAGUUAGAAGUAUGUAAAUCUGAAAUUUAGCAGUCUGGUUCAAAAUGUCCCAUUUUAAAGUGAAAAAGUCACAUUCAAAAUGACAGCAGGAAAUCGAAUUUUUUUAAAAUUUGGAUGCCAUGACUGUCCAUUGUAUCUCAUAGUCCAUCAUUUUAAUCAGUGAAGUAUUAUUCACAAGAAAGAAAGAGGUCUUCCAAAAAUGUUAUUUCUAAAAGCUGGAUUUGGCCAGGAAAUGUAUUAAGAAUUGUGGCUUUGUAGGUUUAUUUUACAGUAAACUGAUACAUUUGUGGAAGACCACUAAACCUUAAUUUAAGCUUUAAGCCAUUUAUAUGUUGUGUGUGUGUCUGGUGGUGCAUAUGACCGGGAAGUAACCAUAUGCAAAACAGUUGUAAAAAAAUAAAAAUCAUCCUUUUGUCAUACAGUGAUGUCACAUACAUUUCUUAAAUACAGUUUGUUGUGCUGCUCCAAUCAUGAAUUGAGAUAAGCGCAUUAAUAUUCGUGAAGGAUCUUUGGAAUCGUAUGUUAUUCGUGUUCUGUUGACACACUUAGAUCAGUCUUGGUAGAGUACAGGGAAUUCACUGUAUUGCGAGGUUUGGGCCUUACUGAUUUACCCCCCCCCCCCCCAUUACUUUAGCUUGGUGGUUAACAUUAUAAUUUAUUUUAUUAGAUCACUGCUUUAUGAUGUAUAUUUGUAUAUUUAAUGAGCAUCUGGAUCUCUCAGGCUUUCACAUCUGGCCCAUUGGUAUAGGCUUGCACUUUAGAUGAACUGACCACAUCUGUUUGCCAGGCUGCCACCUAUGAGGGUGUGUUACACCUUCAGUUUCCACGGAAGGCCACACUGGUGGUCAUUCAAGAGUGGUCAUCUCUAUCCCAUCACCUGGAGUCAUAUUUCAUGUUGUUUGUUCUCUGUAUGGCUAGUGGUGACACACCCAGGUGUGUGCCAACAUAGAACUAGGUUUACGGGAACAACAAGCUGUAAUGGGAGGUUUGCUUUUACUGGAAUAUCUUACUGAUUACUGUAAUACUGAAAUGUAACUUUUCACGUUUCAAGGUCCAAAAUCCGUAGUUACAUCUCAUCAGAUUAGGUGCACCUAACGAUAAUAUAAACCUAUUUGAAUAAGGGGUUCCUGCUUGCUCUGAUAGUUAAGGUUUAGUUCAUACUCAAUGCCACUUGAGUGGUAUACCUGCAAACUGUUCAAUGCACAAAUGUACACACCUUGCAUAACCUGUUAAUGUGGGCAUAUGACUGAUAUGAAAUAUUUGUGCCUUGCCCUCGAGUUUUCUCAGUAUAGCCAAUAUUAUGCUUGUUACUCCUAUCUGCUUCUUCUGGUUUUUCUUUCAUUCUUUUUUCUGUUUUUAAACAAAGGGAACAUGCCUUUUAUACAAGUGGCCUUCAGAGCUAUGUAUAAUUUUGUUCAUUGCAAUUUUUAAAUGGUACUUGGAAUUUAUAUUCUGGAUCAGACAAGUUUUAAUAUUUUCCUUUCAUGAUAUAAUAUGCAAAUUGUAUUCUUACUUGAUUUUUAUGUUUGGUCUUUACAACUGCACCAGUUAUUAAUAAAGAGAUGUUAAAAUGCUA